AUGGGAGUUUGUUGUAGUUGUCUGAAGGAGUCUAGUGACGACGCCACUGUUCUCCCUAUUGCUGAAAAUGAACGAGAAGCGGUUACAUCGCUAUUAGGUUACUUAGAGGAUAAGGACAAUUACGAUUUUUAUACUGGAGGACCUUUGAAAGCAUUAACAACGCUUGUUUAUAGUGAUAACCUGAAUUUACAGAGAAGUGCAGCGUUGGCGUUUGCAGAGAUUACUGAGAAAUAUGUUAGGCCAGUUGAUAGGGAAGUUUUGGAGCCUAUUUUAAUACUAUUACAGAGUAAUGACCCGCAAAUACAAACAGCAGCAUGUGCAGCAUUGGGUAACCUAGCUGUGAACAAUGAGAAUAAAAUUCUUAUUGUGGAAAUGGGGGGAUUGGAGCCUUUAAUAGAACAAAUGAAAAGUAAUAAUGUUGAGGUUCAGUGUAAUGCGGUGGGUUGUAUUACAAAUUUGGCUACUCAGGAUGAUAAUAAGGCGAAAAUAGCUCAUUCUGGGGCCUUGGUGCCACUUACGAAGUUGGCCAAGUCUAAGAAUAUUCGCGUUCAAAGAAAUGCGACUGGUGCGUUGUUAAAUAUGACACAUUCUGGAGAAAACCGAAAGGAGCUAGUUGAUGCGGGCGCAGUACCCGUUCUUGUUUCGCUAUUAUCUUCUUCAGAUGCGGAUGUUCAAUACUACUGCACAACUGCGUUAUCUAAUAUUGCAGUGGACGAGUCUAAUAGAAGGAAGUUAUCACAAACUGAGCCGCGCCUAGUAUCUAAGUUAGUUAUCCUAACUGACUCUCCUGCGGCUAAAGUGAAAUGCCAGGCAACCCUUGCUUUGAGGAACUUGGCCUCUGAUACUGGUUAUCAAUUGGAGAUAGUCAGGGCAGGUGGGCUUGGGCAUUUGGUUAAAUUGAUUCAGUGCAACUCUAUGUCUUUGGUGCUUGCUAGUGUUGCGUGUAUCAGAAACAUCUCUAUACACCCCCUUAACGAGGGUUUGAUUGUGGAUGCAGGCUUCCUAAAGCCCUUGGUAAAGCUAUUGGAUUAUACUGAAAGUGAAGAGAUCCAAUGCCAUGCUGUGUCGACUUUGAGGAAUUUGGCUGCGUCGUCAGAGAAGAACAGACAAGAGUUCUUUGAGAGUGGGGCUGUUGAGAAGUGUAAACAGCUAGCCUUGGUGUCUCCUAUAUCAGUACAGAGCGAAAUCUCCGCAUGUUUUGCUAUUCUCGCUUUGGCUGAUAAUUCCAAACUUGAAUUACUAGAAGCCAAUAUUCUUGAGGCUUUAAUACCUAUGACUUUCUCCACCAACCAGGAGGUCUCCGGUAACGCUGCCGCUGCUUUGGCUAAUUUAUGUUCACGUAUAAAUAAUUAUGACAAAAUCAUCAACUCGUGGGAUGAACCAAAUAAGGGUGUAUGUGGCUUCUUAAUAAGAUUUUUACAGAGCGAAUACCCAACAUUCGAACACAUUGCAUUGUGGACUAUUUUGCAACUUUUGGAAUCUAAUAAUGAAGCCAUGCUAAACCUUAUCAAGUCCAAUGUGGAGAUAGUGAAAAGCAUAAAACAGUUAUCAGAAGUCAACUACGAAAAUGCACAUAAAGCUACCUCUUCACAUUCGCAACCACAACAAGCCAAUGGCGGUAGCAUAGCCUCAGCUUCCGAUCAAUACGAACAUGCAAGCUUAGAAUUGUACAACAUCACGCAGCAAAUCAUGCAGUUUUUGAAUUGA